AUGCUGUAUCCGGUAGCAUCACGCAUUCUCGAUGCGCGUGCAGAAAAGGAGUGCCGCGUGGCUUGCAAGGAGGGCUUCGGCACUCUGGAGACGUCCAUGCGCUGCGUGAACGGCGCAUGGUUCGUGCCGCAGUGUUGGCCGCUAGGCUCCCUGCUGCGAGUGGUGCUGGAAGAACCAGUGCUGCUGAAACCGUACUGGGUGGUCCUGGAUGCCAACCUCUUCACCUCGGACGACUGCACAGGGCCGAUCAAGAUGGACGGCGCUGCUAUCAGUUCUGGUGAGUUUGUGAUAAAGUACGCGAACUAUCAUCCGAAGAACGCGUGGGACAAAGAUCCCUCGACAUCUUGGGCGUCUAAAGGCGCCUGUGAAGCUGCGGGGCCCUGCUGGCUCGGUUUCAGGUUCUACACCGACCCGGGCCCGGUCCGCUGCGUCUCGCUCCUUCAUCCUCCCGGGGUGCAGUACCAGGCACGAAAGAUUUCGGUGCAGCGGUUGGGCCGCGUCGGCUGGGAGAAGGCGGAGCCCGUCACUGUGCGACUCUUGCCAGAAGUGAAAGAUGAGCUCUGA